GUAAUAACUUCCUGUGGCAUAGGGAGCUUGAAAGGAAGCGCUUCCGGCAGCCUUGGCCCAUUAAUCAAUAAACUAGCCUCCUAGGCUGGAUCUAGUCGUCGCCUCGACCCUGUCAGAGUCGGACAGCCGCGUAAACCGCUCCUGGCCCACGGCGGACAAAGAGUUUGCACCUUCACACAAUGUCUGGUGUUCAGUGGGUGUGUACUGAACCUGGAGUCAUAUAGGCAAUGAAGAGGCAAAUUGGAGACACAGCAAGCCUAUGAUCUACAAUUGCCAGAGGCUUAAACACAUUACCUUAGGGUAUCAUCUACAUUAAACCCGAGAGCUCUUCUCUACUUGCUCUAAAAUGUUGAGAUACUGGGGAGAGAUACCAAUCCCAUCAGGACAGACCAACAGAAGCUCCUUCGAUCUGCUCCCACGGGAGUUCCGCCUGGUGGAAGUCCAUGACCCACCCCUGCACCAACCCUCAGCCAACAAGCCCAAGCCCCCCACCAUGCUGGACAUCCCCUCAGAGCCGUGUGGCCUCACCAUCCACACCAUUCAGUUGAUCCAGCACAACCGACGUCUUCGCAACCUCAUUGCUACAGCUCAGACCCAGAACCAGCAACAAACGGAAGGUGGAAAGGCUGAAGAGAGUGAGCCUCUUCCCUCUUGCCCCGGAUCACCUCCUCUCCCUGAUGACCUCCAGCCUUUAGAUUGUAAAAAUCCCAACGCACCAUUCCAGAUCCGGCACAGUGACCCAGAGAGUGACUUUUACCGUGGAAAAGGAGAACCAGUGACUGAGCUCAGCUGGCACUCCUGCCGACAGCUCCUCUACCAAGCAGUGGCCACGAUCCUGGCCCAUGCAGGCUUCGAGUGUGCUAAUGAAAGUGUCCUGGAGACCCUAACUGACGUAGCUCAUGAGUACUGCCUUAAGUUCACCAAGCUGCUGCGCUUUGCCGUGGACCGGGAGGCCAUGCUGGGACAGACCCCUUUCCCUGAUGUCAUGGAGCAGGUUUUCCAUGAAGUGGGCAUUGGCAGCAUGCUCUCGCUCCAGAAGUUCUGGCAGCACCGCAUCAAGGACUAUCACACUUACAUGCUGCAGAUUAGUAAGCAGCUGUCUGAAGAAUACGAAAGGAUUGUCAACCCUGAGAAGGCCACGGAAGACACUAAACCUGUGAAGAUCAAGGAGGAACCUGUGAGCGACAUCACGUUUCCGGUCAGCGAGGAGCUGGAAGCUGACCUUGCUUCUGGAGACCAGUCCUUACCCAUUGGAGUCCUCGGGCCUCAGAGUGAGCGCUUCCCAUCCAACCUGGAGGUGGAGGCUUCGCCACAAGCUUCGAGUGCAGAGGUAAAUGCUUCUCCUCUGUGGAACCUGGCUCAUGUGAAGAUGGAGCCUCAGGAAAGUGAAGAAGGCAAUGUGUCUGCACAUGGGGUGUUGGGCAGCGACGUCUUUGAGGGACCAAUGUCAGGCAUUAGCGAAGCGGGGAUCCCUCAGAGCCCCGAGGACUCGGACAGCAGCUAUGGCUCCCACUCCACUGAUAGCCUCAUGGGGUCCUCCCCCGUUUUCAACCAGCGCUGCAAGAAGAAGAUGAGGAAGAUUUAACUGCAAAGGCCACUCCCAGUCCAGACGUACAUCAGCAGAAAACCUUGAUGUUUAGAGUUUCCAUAAAUGGUGAUUGGAUUCUAAUUCUUUUUUUUUUUUUUUCUGUUUUUACGAGACAGGGUUUCUCUGUAUUGUUUCGGAGGCUAUCAGUCCAGCCCGGCCUCGAACUCACAGAGAUCCGCCUGCCUCUGCCUCCCAAGUGCUGGGAUUAAAGGCGUGCGCCACCAACUCCCGGCGGAUUCUAAUUCUUAAACACGUUGGGCUUUCCUAAUUUCAGAGAACAGGCUCUUAGCCUGGUUACAUUUCAUUUUAGAGUCGUUUUUGUACUUUUUCAGAACAACUAAGCCACUACUCACAGACAGAUUGUGAUAAUGGCAGGAAUCAGACCAAAGCACUGUCCCCAGCUGUUCUUUUACUGUGUGCCAACACACAUUUCUUGAGCGCUCCCGUCAGCCAUGCCUCUGACACAAUUGAGAAGAAUCAUGCCACUCUGAUAUUCCCUGAGGAGGUGCAAAGCUGAGAUGUUCUGCUUAAACAUCAAAGCUUGAAGAUUCAUGUAAAUAUAUGCCAUUAUAGAUGUCAGGUUUUCAUUAAUUUAUUCUGGGUCAAGUCACUGGGAAUCCAGUAGUAAUGCAGGAAAUACCUAAGCAUAACAAAGGUCAUCAUAAGUCAUGUUCCCAAACUAUUUUUGCUAAUGAGAAGCCUGUAGUGACAGCUGUUAUCCCACAAUUCUUCCUUUCCUAGGUUAUUCCAUCCAGCUUCAUCCUUUCUACUUUUAGUAUGCUUUCUGCUGAUAAAAGAUUUUCAAAUAAUUUUCUCCAAGCACAUUUUCCAACUGCUCAUUUUCUCCUUUGUGAAGGAUGCAAACAGGACAUGCUACAGUUGCUGGAUGGGCAGCCUUUGGUUUGUUUCAGGUGGUUCUUGUUUAUUUGUUUUGUUUUCUUUAAGAAGACAUUUGAGGAGCCGGAGAGAUGGCUCAGUGGGUGAAGACACUUGCAGCUUGAGUUGGGACCCACAUGGUGUAAGAAGAGAACAAGGACUGAUUUCUCCAAGUGGUCUAUGGCCCACACGCAUGCCAUGGUGCAUGCCUGAGCACACACAUAAAUUACUUUUGAAAAAAGUCA